UGGAUUUCCCCUGCGUUAUCAAAAAAAAAAAAAGGUAUGGGGAUUAGAGAAAAGGAGAUUUAGAAAGGACUGGGGAAAGAGGAUAUGGCUGUUUGACAAAUUGGUGUGGCCGGUGGUAAGUUAUGGGGUGAAGAUUUGGAGAUGGAGAGAGAGGAGAAAAAUAGAGGAAUUGCAGGAGAGAUACUUGAGAUGGGCACUGGGGAUAGAAAGAUGGACGCCAGGGUAUAUGGUGAGAGGAAAUGCAGAGGGAAUUAAUGAGGAGCAGAGCGGGAAUAAGGGCGUGAGGGUAUGAGAGGAGGUUGGGUGAGGGAAGGGGGGAAGAUAGCAAGAAUGUGUUGGAUGGAGAUGAGGGAUAGGGCGAGGAGAGGGAAAGAAGUAGGGAGAUGGGAGGAGGAGAGGAAAAGGUUUUUUGAGGAAAGAAGGUGGAAAAUAGACAGGAUAGAAGAGAUAAGGAAAACAGGAGGGGAAAUAAGGGGAAAGGAAUUAAAGAGUAGGGAAAAGAGAAGACAGGUGAAGGAAAGAUGGGAAAAGAUAAGGGAGUCAAGGUUUAAUGAGAGAUAUGGAAGGGUGAAAGGAAGAGGAGUACCAGAGUAUCUAAAGAAGGGCUGAGGGAAAAUAGAUGGAGGAGGAUAGCGAGGUUUAGGCUGGGGUGUGAAUUGAAGGGAAGUAGGUAUUGGGAGGAAGAGGAAAAAAGAAGAUGCAGGAUGUGUGAGGGAAGAGAGGAGACAUGGAAGCACAUAUGGGAGGAGUGUACGAGGUGGGGGGGGAGACGUGAACUGUGACAGGGUGGAACGCAGCUGCGCUACCUGGCUGGGAGGACGGAAGGUCUGUCUUCCCAAAGGAGGGCUAACCUGGAGCCUAAUGCCAGGCGCUCGUUGCGACUCUCUGCGGCCAUGGAAGGGAGAGGUUAGCCCCUCUCCAGCUGGUUUGCAGACGGCCUGCUAAUGAGAAUACCUCCUGUGGUAACAGCAGAGCAUAGACCUUAUAUAUAUGGACAUACAUAGCAGAUCGUGUCCAGAGGAGGUUAGACAGAGAAACGUACUUUUCGGGACUUCUCUGUCUUUUCAUCUCCGAAAAUAUGUUUUGCACAUGCGUGGAUUAAAUAAACUAUUCUGAUUGGUUGUACGCAACAUGAUAUAGUUUCUGCAAACAUGGCGAUGUAGGUAUCUGUGUUGUGCCAGAUAUUGGAUAGCGCUUGAUGGGAUAAAUGAUCUGAUCUUUUAAAAAGAUCUUAAAAAGAAGAAAACUUCACCAUGGUUGAAACAUGUGUCCUUUGCGGUAUGAAGUAUUGUACGAAAAAUAGUGUUUCUUUUCAUUCUUUCCCAACAAAUGAAAAAUAUAAAAAGUUAUGGAUGGAAGCAUGCAAUUUAAGUACAAUAAAGAAAAAAAGUAAGAUUUGUUCACGUCACUUCAGUUCUUUACAAUUUAAAGCAUGGAAUGAAGGACGUAGAUUAUUGAAGAACGAUGCAGUUCCAUUAUUAUUUUUUGGAGAAAAUAAAACAUAUUUAAAAAGAAUAAGAAAACAGUCUUUGUCUGCUUCAAUUAUUUUACCAGACUCGUUUUUUUCAUCAACGUCAGACGCAGCAAAUAUAGUUCAACUUAUUCAUAAUGAAAAAGAAGAAAUGGAAUUUACAUCACCAAGAGCUGAUGAUUCAACUUUAUCUGUAUGUAAGACAACAAAUACAUCCACGUUAGAAGAAAAUGAGAAUGAAAUAACAGACAUAAAUAUUCAACAGGACAAUAUAGAAAUACAAUAUUCCCAGAAAUCGCUUGAUAGAAGGAAGAAGAUUUGGCGUCCUGCAAGAGUUGGAGACUGUACAGAAGAACAUUUUUCAACUCCACGCCGUGCUAAACAUUGUUUUGACUUAGUAGUAAGAAAACUUUCUGACUGUCGAAGACAAUUAGAUACUUCUAAGAAACAUAUAAAAAGGUUAGAGUCAAAAGUGCACACACUCGAAGAUUUACUUAAAAAAUUACGGAAAAAACAAUUAAUAUCAGAAAGUGCAGCUCAUAUGUUACAGACGACAGCAUCUGAUUCGCUUGCACAAAUCAUGAAAAGACAUUUAUCGGGAGUUAAGAAAGCGCCUUUUAACUCUGACUUAAGGCGAUUUGCUUUAACAUUACAUUUUUAUUCUGCUAGAGCUUAUGCUUAUGUUACCAAAUCUUUUAACAAUUUAUUACCGAGUGAGCAUACAAUACGUAAGUGGUAUGAGACGAUUGACGGAAAACCUGGAUUCACGCACGAAUCUUUUAAUUCUAUUAGACAAAAAGUACAAGAAGGAGUCGUUAUUGUUAAUAUUGUCAUUGACGAGAUGGCAAUUCGGCAACACGUUCAUUGGGAUGGUCACAAGUGUUCUGGUUUUAUUAACUUAGGUUCAGAUUUUACUUACGAUCAUGAUGAUUUAGAUUUGGCAAAAAACGCUUUGUUACAUUUGAUGGAGCACCCGUUAAUAAAUGUAUGUGUGCACAAUUAG